AUGCGAAUAUUCCAGGAUUCAAUCGUUGAAACACGCUUCAGUUUGGAAUUGGUUGUUGAUGCAUUUUCUGAGCGAGCGCCCCAUCCAUCAUGCUCGGCUGUCACUCCAUCAGCUACCGAAGCCAGCAACGCUACUCAAAGUGAGUUUAAGUGGAUCCACGAGAAAGCAUCCCCACCCGCGUUCAACACCCUUCUACGCGUACAGACAGAUGGGGCGAUCACCGUCGGUCGCGUCGAGGAACUGCACUCCGUCUGCGCCGAUCCCGACUACUACGGGUUUUUCCUGUGAAAACCCGUCGAAGUACGCCCGGCCGAAGCUGGGAUUCUCGCGCAUGAGGCCCAUGAAUAGGGCUCUUGCUUCCUUCAUGGCGAAGAAAACAUCAAGAGCAGCGAACUGGCGAUUGGAAUGCAGGCUCAUCAUGUAGUACGCCAGGAUCUUGUUGGCAAGGUCCUUCGUCCCCCUGAACUCAUCCCCUUCGGGCUGGGCUAGAAUCUACCGUAUGGGUGUCGAAGAAUACAAGAUGUGGCGCGAGGUGGAGAACGGCGACCUCGAAACAUCGAUGUGGAGUGAAAGGAAGCGUUAUUUCAACUCGAUCCACCAUAUAGAGAUCAUGUGUGCAAAGGCACGAUGUGCCUUUGUUUUCGAGGAAAGCUCUGAACCUCGGUUCCCUAUCACCUUUUUUGCCUGCUCACGAACCUGCGGCGGGACGAGAGUUGUAAGCUCUUUCUCGAGAGAGCCAGCUGUGCAGUUUUUCUUGUCGUAGUCGCCUCUGCUCGCUUGUAACUACCGUUUGAUACGACGGAGAGAAGGGGGCAUAUCAUGAAGUGUGUACGCAGAUUUUCUGAGAGCUGAUGGGAAAAGGACGAUCAACGUGAGGGCAUUCAAGGUGACGGCAGAUGAUAGACAACACGGCACGAAGUCGUUUUCAGAAGCGACGCGUGGCCUGGAUUUUACGCUUGUUUCGUCUGUUUGUCGCCACUGCCGCGCGUCCCCAUCGUGGUAUUACUACGUCAUGACAUAGGCUAGUAGACCUUGCCACGUGAACCCUCAAAACGUCAUGAACCAAUGGUCAUCCAUCCUCUUCUUCCCCUCACUGACAUCUACGAUGGGAGGAAGGAAGGGAAACAUGCAGCAAUGAAAGGCGCGUUUAACGCCCCGGUGUUGACCCCUGUCUAAUUCACAUAGGAGCGCACGCCAGAGCACUACACGUGCAGAGUGUUUUUGGGUCCUAGUCAACGUUGACACGAAAACAUGCGAGACUCUGACAAUGGUGGAUUCAUCUGCCCUCAAGGGAAACUGGCUAUCCAGGAAACCAACCGAAGGCUUCUUUGGGGUACCCU